UCAUCGGCGAGCGGAGUUCACAGGCGCUCGCUAAGUCGCAGUGCCGGCGACCGUGAGCGGGUGCUCUUCAACAUUACGCGAUCUUUCAGCUGAAAAUCCACCGCUGACGCAGUCCGCUUCUUGAUACACUUUUUACAGCACGGGAGGGAGACGAUGCCCGAGAGCCGCAACACGGGCCGCAACCGCGAGGGCCGGUCGCCGCCGCCGUCGUGGCUGGACGCGGCGUUCGUGGAGGCGGCGCUGCGGCGCUCGGGGCAGCCGCUGGCGCGCGUCGCCCGCGUCGACACCUCCUACGCCACCGCCGUUGGCGACCACUACUGCAGCCGCAUGUACCGCGUGGAGGCCGUGGUGCGCGGCCAGGAGCGGCCCGUGUCGCUGCUCGUCAAGUGCAUGCCCGAGGACAAGGUCAUCCUGGCCAUGGUGCGCGAGAAGGGCGAGUUCCAGACCGAAGUCAGCAUGUACAAGAAGCUGCUGCGCGCGGCGGGGCUGUCGGAGCCGCCGCUGUCCGCGCGGUUCUUCACCGCCGCCACGGACGAGGUGAUCACGCUGGAGGACCUGGUCGCUCAGGGCUUCCGCAUGGGCGACCGCUUCGCCGGGCUGGACUUCGAGCACGCCGCGGCGGUGCUGCGGGCGCUGGGCCGCUUCCACGCCGCCACGCACGUCCUGCUGGAGAGGGAGCCGCGGCUGUUGGAGCACUACCGGAGCCUGUUCCAGAGCCCGUCCAAGGACUUCGGGGGGGUGAACCGCGCGCUCAUCCGCAGCGCCGCGGCGGUGGCGCGCGCGUGGGCGGACGAGCCGCCGGGCCUCGCCGCCAGGAUCGAGGCGAUCGCGGAGUCGGCCGCCGAGAAAAGGAAGCACCUGACCAGCGAGGCGCAGGCAGAGUUCAAGGUCCUCAACCACGGCGACCUGUGGACCAACAACAUUAUGUUCCGGCGGGACAAGGGAGAAGUGGAGUGCCGGUUCGUGGAUCUGCAGUUGUGCUUCAUGUCGAGCCUGGAGGAGGCGGGGUGGCGGGAGCGGUGGCCGCGGCUGGUGGCGGAGUACAGCGACGCGCUGGCGGAGGCGGCGCGGCGGCUGGGCGCGGCGUGGGUGCCGACGGCCGAGGACGUGCAGGCGGAGCUGCGGCGCGCGCGCGCCUGGGGGCUGCUGGUUGCCACCUCUUGGGUGGCCGUCAUCCUCACCGACGCCGGCAAGCAGUUCGACUUCGCCGCGUGUCGCCAGGGUGGCGCCGCCGCCCUCGCCGCGCUCUCCGACACUUACAAGCGACGCCUGCGCCUCCUGCUGCCCUACUGCGACGAGAUCGGCGUCUUCGAGGAUUUCCCCGGUAUUGUUCGUACAAACCGUAUUAGCAAAAAACACUUGAAAAUACCCUUUUUGAAAUAUCCAAAAUAUUUUAACACAUUUUGCGAAAAU